GUGGAAUUGAAACCCAAACCCACCUGUGCUACUGCUACGGCAUGGUGUUUCGAAUAAUCCCCAUCGAGUUGAUUCGCCGGGUACCGAAGUAGAAUCGCUGCGAAUAUCGCGCGAAUGCAGCCGAAAGGCGAUCUUUACUCGCUCGCUCCGGCCCGUGGCCCGUGUGCUUCUCUUCUCGUCACUUCAGUCUGGAGGUGUCCGCGGGCGGGGCGGCACGUACGGCGUACGUGGUCGUCGCGCCACUCGACAUUGCAUUGUUUUUACUAUGCACAUCAUUGUUUAAAACCGUUCUUAUCAAAUCAAUACGAUUUAUGAGUGAUAUAACACGGCCUACGCUGCGUUUAAAGCGAGAUAACGACAAGUGUUCGAACAAAUCAGUGACAAUAAAGCGUUUUAUCUACAGCUACUUGCUGGUGGCUUAUUGACAAGUGAAAUUCAUAAUCGGCCCAUUCAUAGGAGGAAUCGGUCCGAGAGUUUGUUAUUGGACAUUUACUCGUCUAAGUGUCUUUGUGGUGAAGCAAAGGAUGCAAAUCAAUAAUCGUGUGGAUACCCAGCUGCGAACCGAGAGCUCGUGCUGUGCGGUUUAAUACUCAGUUGCAUAUUGAUUGCCACUGGAUCUGGAUAUUGUAGACAAAAUACCAACGUUAUACAACUCACGAACACAUACUUGAAGUGGUAUAUUGAAGACUGAAGUUCUCCUGGCCUUACUUAACGCAGUUUAUUUUUGACACUCUGUGAGUUCCUGUUCUCCUCGUGAUGUUGCGACCCGACGAGAGCGUGAGAUAGCCGCCUCGUGCGGCGGCGCAGCAUGGGUGCGAACAUGGGCAAGAACUCGAGCCUGCUCGACGCGCUGCCUUCCGCGCAAGGCACGCUGCACGUCGUCAUGCUAGGCCUCGACUCCGCCGGCAAGACCACUGCGCUCUACCGGCUAAAGUUCGACCAGUACCUCAACACGGUACCCACUAUCGGCUUUAACUGCGAAAAGGUUAAAGGCACCAUAGGAAAGUCCAAAGGAGUAAAUUUCCUCGUCUGGGACGUCGGAGGCCAGGAGAAACUCCGGCCGCUGUGGAAGUCGUACACGCGAUGCACGGAUGGCAUUAUAUUCGUGCUCGACUCGGUUGACGUAGAACGUAUGGAGGAAGCCAAAAUGGAACUGAUACGGACGGCCAAGUCGCCGGACAACACGGGCGUGCCGAUCUUGGUGUUGGCGAAUAAGCAGGACCUGCCGGGGGCUAAAGAACCGCGUGAGCUGGAGAAGUUGUUGGGACUGCAGGAGCUGGUGGCGUCGCCGCACGGCUCGCGCGACGCGCACACCUGGCACGUGCAACCCGCCUGUGCCAUUACGGGCGAGGGCCUGCACGAAGGCCUCGACGCCCUCUACGAGAUGAUACUCAAGAGAAGAAAACUCGCUAAGCUACAGAAGAAACGCGUCAGAUAAACUGGCCGCGUGAAACUUAUGGCUACGAUUAUCAAUGUUGUGAUGUACAAUGUUAAGAUAAUGCUCAUCGCGUAGAUGUUGGUUGAUAUGUCCGAUGUGUAACACCAAAUAUUGUUUUUACUGUAGAUAUGAAGGAACGUCUUAUGAAAAUAUUCCAUCACAAUGUUGCUCAAGUAUAUUGAACAUUUUGAAGGAAACGAAUAUUUUGAUAAAACUAUAACUACUAGUCAUUUUCUUUUGAAAAUAGCUAGAUGGAGAAAACGAAAUAAAUUAAUUAUACUGUCAGUCGGUCUACUAGAUAACGGCCACGGUUUUACAACCGAACGAAAGAAUCUUGACAUCUAUGAUUGUGAUCUUAUGACCUUUCAGAAUGUUAGUACAUACCUGGGAUUUAGUACGGAAUACCAUCCAAAUCCAAAUUAAACCAAACGCCCAUAUCAUUUAAUUUGCAUGAAAGUCAACAAAUUCUAUAUGCAUUAUCUAUGACUACACAGACGAGCUACAGACCUUGAAUUAAAUAUAUCUAUAAUGCAAUAUUUUAUAAAUAGUAGUUACACGUAAUCUCUAGAAUUUGUAGUAUUUUUCCCUAUACAGCUUUUCAGCAAACAAAUAACCCUUGUAUUCUUGAUUCUUUCUGUCCCAAAAUAAUAUGAUAUGACCUUCCAGUAGUACACCUCAGCCUCCUCGUUGCGCGUAUAGCGGAAACAUGAAAUGGACGAUCAAGCGAUACCUAUUAUAAUAAUAAAUAUCUAUCUGUCAAGACCGUAAGGGCUUUAAACUCUUUGAAUUUUCACUGUUUUCGUGUAGACAUAAUUAUUUAUUAACAUGGAAAUGAGAUGUUCGUGUAUAACUUUCUAAAAGAGGCUUUUAACGUUUCUGUGUCGAGAAUCUUCUCUAUGUACAUAUAAUGUAAAUAAACGAAUUUGGAAGAUAAUAUAACGAAAUUUACAUGCGUAGAUAAGUAUUUCGUUGUAAAAUAACAAUUUUAACGUUUGCGCAUUUAGUUUAAGGUACGUCUACAUAAUAUUGUAUUAUGUUAUUUUGUUAUUACAUUUGGUUUGUUUUUGCGCUACAUCGACCCACUGGCCGAAUUUUUAUAUGGAGUAAGAUUCACCAAAGUCCAAUGACUCAUUGCAUCAACCAGCGUCAGCAUAAAUGUAGUUCAAAAUUAGCGGAUGUCAGCGCCCAUCAGUUUUUUUAAAUAAAAACGCAGGCUUUGCUGUCACACACCCAGAUUAACUAAAUAUGGCCAUACAAGACAAUUUCCAUCUGACACUGGGUCACAAGAUAUCAUCCUGCCUGAUGCCUGACCCAGAAAUGUAACGCCAAUUAAAUUGUAAUUUGCCAAUCUGGUGAAAUACGGGUCUGGUCUGGUACUUUCUAUACCUGGCUAUUUGGGUACAAGUAAUGGAGAAAUAUCUAUACCCCGGUUUUCGGUCAUUUAAAAGCUUUAAUCAUACAUAUGUGUUAUAACUUUACAUAUUGUAUAAUUUUUCGCCGGUGUAGUGUAACCUGCUAACCUCCACGAAGACAAACUUGAUAGUAAUAGGUACAGUCAGCGUCAAAUACUUUGUAGCAGUCAAAGUGGCCAAAUAGUUCGGUACACCAUACUAAAUAUAUGGUGUACCGAACUAUUUGGCUACUUUGGUUUCUACAAAGUAUUUGACGCUGACUGUACAACGUAUGCUGUUUAGUAAGCAAUUCAUAUCAUUUAAUUUAUUUAUGGAGUGAUUCAUAUAACAAUUAGUUUAGAACUUGCUGAUUGCAUUGGUGUAAAGCUUUUACCAGGUUUGUUUAGUCAUCAUUGUAAAUAUGUAAAUUCCAAGUAGUUAUUCGUCAAUACCAAGAAACCAAACAUUUUUAUGAGUAGGAAAUGUACAUUUUGUUAUUUAAAGUGAUUUGUUUUAUUAUAUUAUCUAUCUAUAUUAUAUCCAAUUGUAUUUUGUUUGAUGGUGGAAUUAAUAGGCUAUAUGUAGGUUGUUUUCAUAUUGAUUCCCCGUAAAUAAAAUCUGUUUUCAA